UCGUAAAACCCUUGUUUUCAGUGCUACACUUGGUCGAAAGGCUGAAUUUUUGAUCAAACGAACGAAGAGCUGCACCUGUUUCAAAUGGCGUGUCGCUCUGGAUCUCUGUCUCGCUCCCUAAUUUCCACUGUUAGGGCUUCUUCUCUCCGAUCGGCUCCUUCUCUUCCUCGCCUCCGCCCCCCACCUCUCGCCGCUCGUCCUCGCCUUCAAUCUCGUCGACUCUCCUUUUCAACUUCCAGGAAUUUGGGAGAACUGGGAUGUACACAGUCUCUUCUGCCCAUGCACGGCAUCAUGGGUGCUACCUGCCUGACAUCCCACCUCUGUGUUAGCGCACGGGCCUUUUGCGAGCUGUCUCAUGGGAGGAAUGGAAAAGAUGGGUGAUGCACGAGGACAUUCUAUCAUUCAAAAGCAGGAGACUGUCGCAAAAUUUGUACUUGAGUGAUCUACAGUAGAAGCAUUCAUGCGGACAAUUCUAUGUGAAGGGAAGUUGAGUAGAGAGGGUUUCUGGUAACUUUUAUUAGGUAGGUUAAUGUAAUAAAAUUUUUCUAGCUGUUAAUUUAUGGAAUUCAUCCUAUUUUUCCACACAGUACUCGGCUUGCCUACAAGUUCCCUAAAGUUAACAUCGUCGAUUAUCUAACCUGCUUUUCUUUUUUGUUGGCUGAAUUUUGUAACUAUUAUCUUCAUUUAUACUUC